AAGAUAUUUAAUCUAUUGGAAUGGGAUAUAGAAGACAUGAAAUGGUCUAGACCUAAAAUAGGAUCUUUAGAAAAGUGGUCAAAAAAUGUAUUACUUUUAAACUCGAUCUUGACAGUAGAAAGGGGAAAAUCUGGUUUGCAUAAUAGAUUGGGAUGGCAGAAAUUUACUGAUAAGAUUAUUAAGCUGGUCGGUGAUAAACGGGAAGUCGUAACAAUCCUAUGGGGUAAAUAUGCAAAAAAAAAAGGCCAGUUUGGUAAAGAAUGGUCAUGUAAUCAAGUCUGGGCAUCCAUCACCUCUGAAUAG